GAAGAGGGCCGGACAGGUGUGAACGGGCGUGAAGCUGAAGUUGUAAUUGGGUAGUAGUUGCUGGUGGAAUUGAAAUACGUUGUAUGGAACUAGAAGUAUUUGAUAUUAAACAAUAUGUCAUAUUCUUCUGAUGAUGUUGGUUCUGGAUCAACGAAGGAUGGGGAUCACGAUCUUCAGGAGUUCUUAUUGAUGGAAAAGCAGAAAGCACAGCUUAAUGCACAGAUCCAUGAAUUUAAUGAUAUAUGCUGGGAAAAAUGUAUGGAUAAGCCUGGUAGCAAGAUUGACAGUCGGACUGAAACAUGCCUAAAUAACUGUGUAGACCGUUUUAUUGACGUGUCUCUUCUCAUAACAAAUAGGUUUGCUCAACUUCUUCAGAAGAGUGCUAUGUAGUGUUUGUAGAGUAUUUUAUAUUUUAAAAUUUACAGUCGCUUAUAAACAAGUAGCUCUGUUACACAAGGGGAAAGUUAUGUUAUUUGGCAAAUUCUUUUGUAUAAGGAAAUUUGAAAUACAUUGUUAUUCUUUUCAUCA